AUGAAUGAAAUCAAAUUAAUUUCCGGGACAUCCCACCCCGAUCUCAGUGCAAGGGUUGCAGACCGACUUGGUAUCAGUCUAAUAAAUACGCUUUGUCAACCCUCUUCUAUUGGAGAAAUUAGUGUCAGCAUCGGAGAGUCGGUCCGAGGUGAUGACGUUUAUAUUCUUCAAUCGACUGCGCCUGGCAGCGUUAACGAUGGGCUCAUGGAGCUACUCAACCUGAUACAUGCCUGCCGCACGGCAUCAGCACGCUCAAUUACUGCUGUCAUUCCAAACUACCCCUACGCGCGACAGGACAAGAAAGACAAAUCUCGCGCUCCAAUAUCUGCGCGGUUGGUGGCAAACAUGUUGCAGUCAGCGGGGGCUACCCAUGUGAUUACCAUGGACCUGCACGCAUCUCAGAUACAAGGGUUCUUCAACGUCCCUGUCGAUAAUCUUUUCGCUGAGCCAUGCGUCUUGGAUUGGGUCCGGGGGAACCUAGAUCCUGAUAACUGUGUCAUUGUCUCGCCGGAUGCCGGCGGUGCGAAAAGAGUAGUAAGUUUGGCAGACAGGCUCGGGGUUGGCUUCGCUCUUAUUCACAAAGAACGACCACGACCAAAUGUUGUCGGGCGCAUGAUUCUGGUUGGAGACGUUUCUAAUAGGACUGCUAUUCUCAUUGAUGACAUGGCAGAUACAUGUGGCACGCUCGCGAAGGCGGCUUCGACACUUGAAGAGCAUGGUGCAAGAGACGUGUAUGCCAUCGUCACUCAUGGGGUCUUGAGUGGGCCAGCAAUCGAGACGAUCAAUAAUUCUUGUCUCUCUGGCUUAGUUGUCACCAACACUAUUCCUCUGGGCGACAAAAUUGCGCGUUGCCCCAAGAUUAAGGUGAUUGAUGUUUCUAGAAUUUUGGCUGAGGCUAUACGAAGAACGCACAACGGUGAAUCCGUCUCAUAUCUUUUCAAUAACGUCUCAUAG